UCAUGGCCUCAACGCUCGCGUCCCAGCUCGCUGCGAUCAGCCAGCAGAGCGUCAACACCCUCGACAGAAAAAAGCAUGUCCGGAACAUCAAAUCACUUCUCUUCGACCAAGCCGAGGCCGCGGAUCAGGAUUAUGAGACGGUAUUUGCGAUUGCGGUUAAUGGAUACGUCGAGCUCCGUUCCUUGGAUCACCGCUUCGAUGUUUUUGAGAAGGGGUUGUUUUCGGAGAGUUCGAAGGGCGUGAAUCGUGAUAACAUGAACGCGAAGGAGAAUGAGGAUUUGGAUGUGGCGAUUGUGUCUUUCGUCCAGCUUCUCGCACCACACUUCCUCCUGCGUUCAGCAUCAAAAGCAUUGGAGUGGCUCAUCCGUCGAUUCAAGGCCCACGAGAAGAAUGCCGCAGCUCUCAUCAUGGCGUUCCUCCCCUACCACACCCACCCCCUCUUCGCCCGCCUCCUCUCUAUCCUCACACUACCAGAAGAGUGGUCCUUCCUCUCCCAAUGGCGAAAAGCUCGCCAAUCCCCAACCAAAGCCUCAAUCGUAAAACAACUCGCACACCCCACCGCGCCCCACUACACCCUGCUCUCCGACUUCCUCAUCUCCGCCGUCCAGAAAAAGAGGACAUACCACGCCCUUGCGUCCUUCUGGGCCGCGUACGCGGUCGAGGCCAUUACGUUCAUGAGGACCACGGGUGUCGAUGAGGAAAAGAUCGUGGAGAGGGUUUUGCCGGGGGUUGCGGAUGGGAUGAAGUUCAAACAUGCACCCGAGUUUCAGAUUGCGAAUUAUAUGAUUAUUACGGCACUUGCGUCGCGUGCGACACUCGACGACGUGGUCAUUAAGGCACUCAUGGACGCUGUUGCCAUCUCUUGGGGAUCGCAGGCUUCGGCUCGUCGUUGUGGGUUGAUUUGUUUGGCGCAGUUGGCGCAGAUGAGGGAGGGGACGCCAUCGUUGCCGCGUACCACGCUCAAGGCAAUGGAGAACUUGGAGGGAGGAGAGGGCACUUUGCUCGAGAUGGGUGAUAAGUACCGUGUCGAUAAGUUGUGGACUGCGUACUGCUUGGACAUCAUUGAGAAUGUCCACGAGAACCCCGCCGCGUUAGACAAGGUCUUGGCCUUCGUCAAGACUGGGAAGUUGUCCAGUAACCAGGUCGCUACGAUUUUGAAGACCGCUGCGCACGCCGCUGGUGGCAAGAAAGUUGAUACGGAGGUCGUGCAGAAAGUCAGUGCCGUUCUCGAGGAUAUCCGCUCCACCACUUCUCUUGCCGAGGCAUGGACCGAGUUCACCAACGGCUUGGGCCCGAACAAGGUCAAACAGUUGGAGAUGAAGCUCACCAUGACCCUCACCGCCGAAGUCGCCAACGACGUCCCCAUGAUCGAGGCCGCCCCCCCUGUUGAGUCCGCCGAGCCCUCCCUCGAGGAUAAGCUCGCGUCCAUCAAGCUCGAGGACGAGAAGUCUUUCUUGGCUGCGGAGGAACCCGCGUCUGGUAAGGCAUUGUUGCGGCUCUGGGACGAUGCACUCGCGAACGAGAAGGACGUUGCCCCGAUUCUGGGGUCCUUGAAGGGUGAUGUCGCGAUUAUCACCUUCCUCGUAUACGCAUGGACUCGCUCCGCUCGUGAGAUCUCGCGUGUGGCUGCUAUUAACGCACUCGCCUUCACUCAGGAAAAGGUCGACUACCAGCUCCUCGUCCCGCACCUCAUCGGUGCUCUCGCUGAUAUGUCCGCUGCUGUUCGUCAGGCAGCCGCGGACGCAUUGAAGGCUCUCCAGAAGGUAUACGAGAAGCAAGAGGGAAAGAAGAGUGUGGUGUGGGCUCAGGACGUUAUCUACACUUCCCCUCAGGGCGACGCAGAGGUCGAGUUAUUAAAGUGGGCCGAAACAACUAAACUCCUUGUCGAGGUCGUGGGCCUGAAGAUGGAGGAAUGCGUUCAGGAUGAGAAGUUUGUUGUCAAGGCCGUUGGAGGUGGGUUGUCUGGUGCUGGAAAGAAGGGUAAGGAGAAUACGUGGAAGACUUCGGUUUAUGCUGCUUUGGCUUCGCAUGUUAUCGCUUGCCCGUUGAUGGUGACAAAGUUCCGGGUUUUGAGCGUGUUGAACGGUGUCGAUGGUGCUGCGAGCUUGAAGGGUAAGAACCUCCUGACUGUUCUCGAGAAGUACGCUACCAAGCACGACGAGUUGAGGUCCGCUUGUAACGCCGCCUCUGUCCCCGUCGUCGAGAUGGAGCAGGAGUUGGUCAAGAUCGUUGAGGAUGGAAAGGAGGCUUCGACAUCCGUCCUUCGCGCCGUUAUUUCGAAGGCGAAGGGUGGUUUGGCUGUUGUUGCUAUUGAGCGCGCCAAGGCGAUUUGGGAGACGAUCAAGGAUGAGAGUAAGCUUGAGUUGGUCAAGACUUUGUUGCAGGUUGCUGCGGAUGGGGCGAAGGAUGUCGUUGCUACUGCUACUGCCGCUUUGGACGAGGUUUCUAUCGAUGCCGCCGUUCUGUCGCAGCUCAUUGCUGAGGUGCAGUUGAAGGCCCCGGCGCAGGAUGCCACUCCCGCGAAGAGACAGAAGGGCGGAAAAGCCGCUGCGGAGGCUACUGCCUCUUCUUUGCAGCACGCCAUCCAGCAACUCACCGCUCUCCUUGAACUCGUCGAACGUAAGGGCGCGGAAAAGUACCCCGAGCUCCUUGGCCAGUUCUUCGGUAUCUUGGGUGACUUGUUGACUGUCGAGAUUGACCUCAAGAUGGCCAUCUCUUACCCUCAGCAGUUGGUGUUGUCAACCAUGACUCCCAUGGUCGAGAACUACACUGGUGCGUUGGAUGCGAAGGUUGUGCGGAUUGACACGCUUGUCAACUGUAUCCGCAACUCUGUUAACCCGCAGGUCCAUAACCGUGCGCUUUUGCUUGUUUCUGCGUUGAGUGAUGUUGCGCCUGAGACUGUGUUGCACAGCGUUAUGCCCAUCUUCACCUUCAUGGGUGCUAACGUUCUUCGUCAGGAUGACAGCUACUCUGCUCAUGUCAUCCAGCAGACGAUUGAGCGUGUCGUUCCUCCCUUGGUCAACAUGUACCGCAAGAACGGAUCCAACGUCGUUGUCGACGCCGCUGGUGUUCUCUCCAGCUUCGUCAACGCGUUUAGCCACAUCCCCGUCCACCGCCGCUUGAAGUUGUUCCUCGUUUUGGUCCAGACUCUUGGUGCGGAGGAGUUCUUGCACGGUAUCUUGGCUUUGUUGGCGGAGAAGAGGAUGGAUGUGAAGGGCAAGAACAAGGAUUCUGAGCUGGAGUACCUUGAUGACUUCUGCUUGUCCCUUGGCCGUUCGUUCGGUGUUGAGACUGAGCUUAUUGCUGUUGAGAAGCUUAUUGAUCUGGCUAGGGAUCUUCCUCUGCGUGCGGCGAAUGUCGACAAGAAGGGAGAGUACUUGUUUAACUUCACUACCUACACCGAUGAGAGGUUUGCUCGUCUCAAGGAGGAUGUUUUGAACCUCGCCUCCUUGAUCCUUGGAUCUAAGCAGUUCAGGGUUGAUCUCGCCAGCUACGCCCGUGCCGCCGGUGUCGAGGCUCCCUUCCAAGACCGUCUCGCUUCCGUUGUCGAGAAGUUGCUUGCCAUGCUCGGUACUGCCAAGGUUGCCGUCGUCACCGACGCCUUGUACAAAGCUUUGGACAAGACUCUUUUGCUCUUGCCCAUGCCCGCUUUCACCGCCACCAUGGAGAAACUCGUCGUUCACUCCGAUAUUUCUCUUCGCCGCAAGUCGAUCGCUAUUGUUCGUUCCCGCGUCGAGAAGGAGUCCCCUAUGGACCCCGAGGCUCAGCAGGCUACUGUUGCGCUUUUGCCGUUGUUGGUGGAGAGCGUUACUCCCCAGAGCGAUGGCGAGACUAUCCAGAUCGUGUUCGACUGUAUUGGGUCUAUGGCUGGCAAGUACGGUAAGCGUGAGGCUGGUGCUUUCGCGAAGGUUGUCGAGCCUAUCAUCGGUGACGGUGGUUUGCUGCACGAGAACGUUGAUGUCCGCGUGUCUGCUUUGGUCUGUCUUUCGAUCAUGAGCGCUACCCUCGGUCCUCGCUUGGUGCCUUCUCUGCCCAAGAUUGUUCCGCCUGUCUUGAACAUGUUGGACGAGGCCGUCAAGGACGAGUCUCUGGACUUGGUCGAGCUCGCUUCUUACUCCUUGCUUGAGGGUCUCGUCAAGGUCAUUCCUUCCUUCCUUGGUCCUUACAUGAAGAAGACUUUCAUUGUCUGCUUCACCUCUGCUGCUCAGACCGACAAGGGUGAUGAGAUCGUUGAGGUUCGUCGUGCGUUGCUCUUCGCUAUCGCUGAGCGCGUUGCUGCCAAGACUGUCCUUGCUGCCCUUUUCGACACCUGGACUACUGUCUUCAAGUUGGGCAAGGUCGCUGUUUUGGACUUGUUCGAUGUUCUUGAGGAGGUCAUGCGUGUUGCUUCUCGUGCCAUCAUUGGUACCCAGGCUGCUAUUUUGAUGAAGUUCUUCCUUUCCGCUUUCGAUAUGAGGAAGGAUGAGCUUUUCCAGGGUAAGGUUCUUCAGGUUUUGGAGAGCCGCGCUAUCGAUGUUUUCAUUCAGAUGGUCAUGAAGCUGAACGACACUACCUUCAGGCCUUUGUACUUGCGUCUCGUCGACUGGGUCUUUGGUGAGUUGCAGGAGAAGAACGACACUCAGGGUGCCCUUGCUCGUCAGAUCUUCUACUACAGGUUCUUGGCUACUUUCAUGGACACCUUCAAGUCUGUCGUCAGUGGAUACAUUGGCCCUGUUGUUGACCACACCGUCGAGUUGCUCGGCCAGUUCACCGAAGGCAAGGCCACUACUCCUGACCUCUGGCACGCUGCUGUCGGUGCUCUUGAGAAGUGCUUCGCUCAUGCGGAGGAGGGAUACUGGCAGAAUGCUGCUUACUUCGAUAAGGUCGCCCCUGCGUUGAUCGCUCAGGCAACCUUCGCUGAUGCUGUCAGCCCCAAGAGCAGGUUGAUCCCUGCCAUUGUCGAGCUGGCCGCUGCUUCCCCGUCUGACGACCACUUCAAGAGCAUCAACACCCAGGUUCUCCAGCACAUGCGCUCUGACAACGCCAAUGUCCGUCUCACCGCCGUCAAGGCCGAGACCGCGUUGUACGGCCGUGUCGGUGAGGAGUGGUUGACGAUGUUGCCCCAGACUGUGCCGUUCAUUGCUGAGGCUAUGGAGGACGAGGAUGAGAAUGUGGAGCGUGCUACUCAGGCUUUGAUUGUGAAGAUUGAGAGCUACCUUGGAGAGAGCUUGCAGAAGUUUUUGACAUAG